AUGGCUACACAAACUGUUGAGAACAGUUCUAGAUCGGGUCCAAGACGAACUAAUGUAGGGAGUUUAUUAAAACCAUUGAAUUCGGAAUAUGGUAAAGUAGCUCCCGGGUGGGGAACGACUCCAUUGAUGGGUGUCGCAAUGGCUCUAUUUGCGGUAUUUCUAUCUAUUAUUUUGGAGAUUUAUAAUUCUUCCGUUUUAUUGGAUGGAAUUUCAAUGAAUUAA